UUCCUAAUCUUGGAUAUCCCCUGUAAAGACUUUAGACGACGCGUCAUAUAACUCUAUUGAGCAGUGUUAUUCCACAUUUCUUAUUCCACUGGUGCCCGCUGCUUGUAUGGAGGCUGACUAUUGUGUGGUUGAGGAGAAGAGUGCCGCUUCAGAGCACAUAACACUCCCAUGUUGAGGCCGAGCAUUACCUCAUGAGAGAAGAGACAUAUUUCAGAGCACCACACGAGCCGCAGUCACUGCACCGGGCGCUAUUGUCUGAGAGAGCUCGCACCAUGUAAACCAAGCGCAGCCAGCAGCACGCCCCUGCAGAUGAAGCCCUUGUGUGCCCUGCUAUUAGGAGGUGUGCGGUACAAGGGCUGUGUCACAUCACGUCCUCCUGCCACUGAGGUUUAAAGUUUCAGCAGAUCUAAAAAGUCAAUGAGAGAGGCAGCAAAGUGUCAGUGUGUCCGGGCAACGUCCAUCUCAGCGCCCUCUCUGCCCAUUACACCCGCUGACACAGAGAGAGCCACCUGAUUCCGGGGCACUGCCAUAUGAGUGUGUGAGGCAUCAAAGGUGCGAUCUAAUUCCAUAGGAGCGGCGCACACCCUGCUGAAGAAGUUCCGACUUGUCACCCAGGAAGCAAUGACUUAUUCCUCUGCCCUGCUCUAGUCUGCUCACUACAAUUACCUUGGCAUCUGCCUGGCGCUAGUCCUCACACCCCAGCAUGGCAGAGUCCUCCACACCGGACCUCCGAGACAUAGAGCUCAAGCUGGGGCGGAAGGUGCCCGAGAGCCUGGCGAGGUCCCUGCGGGAGGAGCACUGUGACUGGAAGAAGGAUGCCACCGACUCUGGGUGCCCUCUCAGCCCUACCCAGUCCAGCACCAUUGACAGACUGGAAACUAAGCUGCAGCUUCUCAAGCAAGAUAUGAUCUUUCUUCGAGCUGCUGAUGUGAAAUUAAUGAGACAGCUGCUCAUCAUCAAUGAGAACAUUGAGUCUAUCAAGUAUAUGAUGGAGGAGAAGGACAUUGUCACCAGCCAGGGAAGCAGCCUGAGCGGGAGCCUUUGCAGUUUACUGGAGAGUCGGGAUAGUUCAUUGCAAGGGAGCUACACAAGUUUACAUGGCUAUAGCGAUGGAAUGGAUGAAAUAUCAGUGGGCAGUUACUUGGAUACACUAGGAGACAUUGUCCCUGGACAUUGUACCCCAGAUUUCGACCAAUGUAAUGAUGUACAACAAAACAGCGAAGACUACCAACCACUAUGUAAUGAUUCCAACCGUCAGUACGACGAGUAUUAUUGCUUUAGAUGAGACUUGCAAAUACUAUUUGUCCAUAUUGGACAACCAACUCACUUUUUUUUAAUUAUUGCAAUAGGUCAGAAAUAGAAAAGAGUUUUACAGGAACUUUGUUCUUUUUGCUACUGUUUUUCAACACAUGUCCAGUUGCUAUUUAUUAAACAACUUGAAGUUUGACAUAUUUUAUAAUGUUAUUGAUUAAAGACCGCAAUAUAAAUAAUCUAUGUUACGAUAAAUCAGGGAAAGGGUUAUGCAUUACCAUCAAACUGCCACGUCUUUAAAUGCUGUUUGUAACUGCAUUGUGUUUUCUGUCUUUAUUCAACAAAAUAAAGCACGG